AUGGAGCUCGAUCCCAAGACACCCCAAUACUCCACAUCCGACAAGUCGAGCUUUGCCUCGAUCUCGGCCAACGAGCGCUGGCCUGUCAUCCUUACCGGUGCUAUCGAUGAUCUACAUCGGACCGUUGUAGGUGUGAAUGAUAACGAGAAGGCCAAUGAGGGUAAGAGCAUUAUCGCCAACCUGGCGAAGUUGAAGUAUGAGCUUCAACAUAACCGACAACUUACUCCCAUCGACGACGACGGACACCCCGAUAUCGCUUCGUACAACAAGGAGCUAGAGCAGCGAGGAAACCCCCAAUGGCACGAUGUUGCUUGGCUUUUCGCCGAAUGCUACCUCUACCGUCGGGUAGAGUCCCUUUUCGCAUUGUCCAAACACUGGAAGGGCUAUGACGUUUUCGCCCGCCAGAAGAUGAACACAUUCAAAUCGUCUCGUCCGGCCGUGCUCGAACUUGCCGCGAGAUACCGUGAUAUCGUGACAGAGGCAGAAUCAGGCAAAGGAAAAGAGACAAAGUCCGCCGAGGAAAUCGAGGCCGCCGAGAGACUUCUCUUCUCCGAGAUGUGCGAGAUUUGCCUAUGGGGAAAUGCCACCGAUCUAUCACUCCUGACCUCUCUCACCUACGAAGAUAUCCAGAAGCUGCAAGGCUCUCAGGCACGCAAAGAUUCACAGAAGAACAUCAUCGUCAACGACCUCGAUGCCGCCUUCGAUGCCAUGCAAAAGGCUCGACGAGAGAAGAAGGAUGGCGAGCGUCGCGUCGACAUCGUCCUCGAUAACUCCGGAUUCGAACUAUUUGUCGACCUGAUUCUUGGCGGAUACCUACUAUCUUCCGGACUGGCGACUAGCGUUGUGCUCCACCCGAAACGUCUACCGUGGUUCGUGUCCGAUGUUACGCCUAAGGACUUCUCGGAUCUGCUCAACAGCAUGGUCGACCCGCAAGCAUUCUACACAGCUGCCGAUGAGUCGGGAAAUACCUACCCCUCUCUAUCUGAGAAGGAGGUUUCCGAUGUCAAGUUCCUCUUCGAUCAGUGGAGUGAGUUCCACCAGGACGGUAAACUGAUUCUGCGCCCACAUGCGUUCUGGACUGAACAGGGUGGCUUCUGGAGGAUGCCGCAGGAUGCGCCAGAGCUGUUCGAGGAUCUGAAGGAGAGUGAGCUUGUGUUGUUCAAGGGUGACUUGAACUACCGCAAGUUGACUAGCGAUGCGGAAUGGGAUCCUACCACCCCAUUCACAGAGGCCAUUGGCCCACUUGGUCCGAAAUCCGGCAUUCGCGUGCUGGCGUUCCGCACCUGCAAGGCUGAUGUUGUUGUCGGCCUUCCAGCUGGCGAAGAUGAGAAGCUUCGGGCAUUGCCUGGUGGCGGUGGCUCAGAGUCUCGUAAAUGGGCUUGGAGUGGAAAGUGGGCUGUUGUCUCGCUUUCUGAUGGAAAGGCUUAA